AUGACCGCAUCCAACGCUGAGGCCACCGGGUCAUUUGCAUCCAUGGAAGACCCCUUCGUUGCGAAUUCCGGAAGGCCAGCUGUCCCUCGCGACUCCAAUCGCUUCGAUACACAGCUAUACAGCCUAAAUGCGUCUUCACCAGCACAAGCCAAAAGGGCGCUCGAGGCCCACUUGGCGGAAACCGAGCGUCGACUGGAGGAGGCUUCAAGGCUAGGAACGGCCCUUAUCGAUCAGCAGCGGCAGCUAUCAGAGCAGUUGAAGGAGGUCGAGCAGGAGCAGAAUGAGGGAGAGAUGGGCCCGGAACUGCGACGCAAACUUGCAGAUUUGGAGAAGGAGUACAAUGAGAUCGGCCGUGAGUCGGCACGUGCAUUUUUGGCACCCAAACGUCUUGCUGGAGGCUCGGAGGAUGCUCAGCUUGGGACUCCAUCUUUCGAUCAAAAGUCACCCCUAAGUGCUGCUUUGUUUGCCAGCCAAUCCACGAAUUCCCCUAGCAAAGUCAGCGUUCCAUCUCGCAAGCAGCGCAACCAACCAUCGAACCGUGUCCACGAUAUCGAAUUUGCAACUGAGAUCUCCACUUCACUUUUGGCCCAGGUCCGCCAACUACAGGGUCUUCUCGCAGAACGCGAUGAGACUCUCAAAUUUGUCAAUCUAGAAAAAUCGCGACUUGAGUUGGAGGCAGAGGGGUAUGCACAAAGAAUCCGGGCGCUCGAUGAUAGUGAGCAACGCUACAAAGAUGAGAACUGGACACUGGAGACUCAGGCCCAUGAGUUGAUGGCAGCUGCGAGGGACGCUGCGGAACGUGAACAACGGCUCAACGGCAUCAUCACAUUGUCAAAUGCAGAAAAGACCGCCAUGGAAAGAGAACUGGAAGAGCAGAAGCAAGCCAAUGCGAGAUUACUUGAGGAUCAGAGCCUCACGCAGAAGGCGAAUGAUGCGGAAAUCCACUUAUUAAGGCGAAAUCUGACUUCUGGCGAUGCAGAAAAGUCCGCCCUCCAAAAGAAGCUGAUGGAAAUGACUUCUCAAAAUCAAGAACUCGCCAAGGCAGUUGCCAUGAGGCUCCGGGAGCAUGAAAACCAAGGCUCGAGGGAUGUUUCAUAUGACAAUGAGGACAAUGAGCCCGAUAAUACCACGCCUGAAAGCUCUCCACCAGCAUCCCCCAACAAGUUCACUCCUCGACAUGGCCACCUUGAAUCGGAAACCUUGAAGAGCUCGCUCGGCCAUGCUCAUCGCAUGAUCCAAAACCUCAAGAGCACAAUUCACCGCGAGAAAACGGAGAAGAUCGAGCUCAAGCGUAUGCUGCAAGAUGCUCGGGACGAAGUUGAGCAACGCCGCCGUGAAAGCACUGUACCAAACGGAACCAGCAAACGCCAGAAGACAAAGAUGGAUUCAGCCCGAAAGCCUCCCCGCCCAGAUCUUCUGGGCGCAGGCCGUAAAGAGAAAUCAUUUGUUGAACUUCAAGACACCGAUUGGGAAGACAAUGCCGGACAAAUCAGUCCCACUCAGACCCAGACCAAGGCGUCAUUUACCAGGGGCCGUCCUUACUCGGAAUCUCCUGGUGGACCUAGCCACGUCUACCAGACAGCUACCGAGACAGAAGACGACUUUGUAACAGCGAAUGAACGGGCAACCGCAACUGAAAGCGAAGCAUUCCAAACUGGUCUCGAAAGCAUGACGGAUGACAGCAGCGAUUCGGGAAGUCUCACCGAGAGGGAAUACAACGUACAGAGAACUCCUCGCCGCCGAGUUCCUCCUUCUCUGAUUAUGGCCAAAGCUCGCGAUCGUACCUCAUAUAACAGCACUGCCUCGGCAUCUUCCGAUGAAGAAGAAUAUGAUAGAAUGUUCCAUUCUCCGAGUCAAAUCAACAUUUCCCGACCCCGUGUUAGGCCCAAACGCAGCGUAAGACGCAUUCGUCCAUCUGGAGAGGCUACAUUCGCAUCAACCAGUCGACCUUCGAGUUCACGUGAAUCCGCCGCACCCAGCUUUGCGCCUGUGCCAGCAGCUCAAGAGGGCCAGAGCCUCUUUGCUGAACUUGCAGAGUUUGACAGCGCUGAGGAAGAUGAACUAAACUCCCAGGCUUCGACCCCGCGCAUGGGUUCACGAAGACCCUCGGAUGCAAUGGUGGAUGCGCCACCUAAGCCUGCAAUGGUGGAUUCUGGUGUUAUGACUGAACCUUGGGAGCCCACGCCUUCUAUCAGUGCUGGCAUUAUUGCUGGAGCUGCCGGUCUUGCUGCAGGGGCUGUUCUGCCGCAUGCUCUCGCUGCACCUCAGGCAACUCAAACAGCAGACCGGGAGAUUAUUGAGGAAACGAAGGAAACUCCUGGCCUACCAGAUAUGGCCAUCGCAGACGUUUCUUCCCAAGAGACUACGCCUUCUGCACCUAAGCGGCCUGAUCUGAGCAUCUCAUACAUCGCCGGCGGCACCACUACACCCGUGAAGCAUGAGCUGCCCCCGCCGGAAGUGCCGGAAAUGACGAUAUCUUCAAUUUCAUCACAAACCACUCAUCCCAUUCAACCAACGGUUCUCGUACCUGAGCCAAUCAUCAAACAUGUUGAUGUUAUCAAAUACGUGGAACGCGAGCCGGAGGUGCCCGAGCUGACCUUCUCCUCCAUCACCACUCAAUCAACUUCCCCUGUCCAUGCAACACUUGCUGUGCCAGAGCCUGUCGUCGAGUACGUCGAUGUGAUCAAGCACGUUGAACACGAGCGUGAAGUGCCAGAGUUGAGCGUCUCGUCUGUCGCCGCUCAGUCGACAGUACCUGUCCAGGCAAUCCAGGCAAUUGUUCCUGAGCCAGAACCUAUUAUCAAAUACGUCGACGUAAUCAAACACGUCGAGCGUGAGCGCGAGAUCCCUGAGUUGACAUUCUCUUCUAUUCAUAAUCAAUCCACUGUCCCUGUCCAGGCAACGCUUGCUGUACCGGAGCCUAUCGUCAAGUACGUCGAUGUGAUCAAGCACGUCGAACGCGAGCUUAAGGUGCCUGAAUUGACUGUCUCUUCCAUCACCACUCAAACUACCGAGCCAGUUAAAGCAACUGUUCCUGAACCGGAACCACCUGUGAUUCAAUACGUCGAUGUGAUAAAGCACGUUGAGCGUGAGCGUGAGGUGCCAGAGUCAAGCUUCUCUUCGAUCACCACUCAAUCUACUGCGCCAGUCAAAGCAACUGUCCCUGAACCGCAGCCGCCUGUCAUUCAAUACGUUGAUGUCAUUAAGCAUAUUGAACGUGAGCGUGAGGUGCCAGAGUCAAGCUUCUCUUCAAUCAUUACUCAAUCCACUGCGCCUGUAAACGCAACUCUUGCUAAAGCGGAGCCGAUUAUUGAAUACAUUGACGUUAUCAAACACGUUGAGCGCGAGCGUGAGGUGCCUGAGUUGACAGUCUCUUCCAUCAACAACCACUCCACUGCCCCUGUACAGGCAAUUAUCGCCAAAGCAGAGCCUGUGAUUGAAUACGUUGAUGUUAUCAAGCACGUCGAGCGUGAGCGUGAGGUGCCUGAAUUGACUAUCUCUUCGAUCACCACCCAGUCCACCACGCCAGUCAAAGCAACUGUCCCUGAACCGGAACCACCUGUGAUUCAAUACGUCGACGUGAUAAAGCACGUUGAGCGUGAGCGUAAGGUGCCAGAGGCAAGCUUCUCUUCGAUCACCACGCAAUCUACUGCGCCAGUCAAAGCAACUGUUCCUGAACCGGAACCACCUGUGAUUCAAUACGUCGACGUGAUAAAGCACGUUGAGCGUGAGCGUGAGGUGCCAGAGGCAAGCUUCUCUUCGAUCACCACGCAAUCUACUGCGCCAGUCAAAGCAACUGUUCCUGAACCGGAACCACCUGUGAUUCAAUACGUUGAUGUGAUAAAGCACGUUGAGCGUGAGCGUAAGGUGCCAGAGGCAAGCUUCUCUUCGAUCACCACGCAAUCUACUGCGCCAGUCAAAGCAACUGUCCCUGAACCGCAGCCGCCUGUGAUUGAAUACGUUGAUGUUAUCAAGCACGUCGAGCGUGAACGUGAGGUGCCUGAAUUGACUAUCUCUUCGAUCACCACCCAGUCCACCACGCCAGUCAAAGCAACUGUUCCUGAACCGGAACCACCUGUGAUUCAAUACGUCGACGUGAUAAAGCACGUUGAGCGUGAGCGUAAGGUGCCAGAGGCAAGCUUCUCUUCGAUCACCACGCAAUCUACUGCGCCAGUCAAAGCAACUGUCCCUGAACCGCAGCCGCCUGUGAUUGAAUACGUUGAUGUUAUCAAGCACGUCGAGCGUGAACGUGAGGUGCCUGAAUUGACUAUCUCUUCGAUCACCACCCAGUCCACCACGCCAGUCAAAGCAACUGUUCCUGAACCGGAACCACCUGUGAUUCAAUACGUCGACGUGAUAAAGCACGUUGAGCGUGAGCGUAAGGUGCCAGAGGCAAGCUUCUCUUCGAUCACCACGCAAUCUACUGCGCCAGUCAAAGCAACUGUCCCUGAACCGCAGCCGCCUGUGAUUGAAUACGUUGAUGUUAUCAAGCACGUCGAGCGUGAACGUGAGGUGCCUGAAUUGACUAUCUCUUCGAUCACCACCCAGUCCACCACGCCAGUCAAAGCAACUGUUCCUGAACCGGAACCACCUGUGAUUCAAUACGUCGACGUGAUAAAGCACGUUGAGCGUGAGCGUAAGGUGCCAGAGUCAAGCUUCUCUUCGAUCACCACCCAGUCCACCAAGCCAGUCAAAGCAACUGUUCCUGAACCGGAACCACCUGUGAUUGAAUACGUCGAUGUUAUCAAGCACGUCGAGCGUGAACGUGAGGUGCCUGAAUUGACUAUCUCUUCGAUCACCACCCAGUCCACCACGCCAGUCAAAGCAACUGUCCCUGAACCGGAACCACCUGUGAUUCAAUACGUCGACGUGAUAAAGCACGUUGAGCGUGAGCGUAAGGUGCCAGAGUCAAGCUUCUCUUCGAUCACCACCCAGUCCACCAAGCCAGUCAAAGCAACUGUUCCUGAACCGGAACCACCUGUGAUUGAAUACGUCGAUGUUAUCAAGCACGUCGAGCGUGAACGUGAGGUGCCUGAAUUGACUAUCUCUUCGAUCACCACCCAGUCCACCACGCCAGUCAAAGCAACUGUCCCUGAACCGGAACCACCUGUGAUUCAAUACGUUGAUGUUAUCAAGCACGUUGAGCGUGAGCGUGAGGUACCGAAUUUGACGAUCUCUUCCCUCGGUUCAGCAUACACAGAGCCUGUUAUUCCAAGGCCUCGCCUUGUCCCUGCGCCGGCGUUGUCAUUCUCCUCUGUGCGCUCUGUGGAGACUCAUCCAGUGAAGUCUAUGACAUUUGCCACCGCAGGGGUGGCGGACUUCUCUACUCAAACCGAGCCGAUAGAGUCAAAGGCCGCAGGGGCCGCUGUGAUUGUCCACGAAGACCAGCCUACUGACGCUACUCGUAGUCUCACUGGGACAGCCAAUAGUGAUCAGCUCGUUGGUGCCGGACUAGCCUUGAACGACAUCUCUGGCAAUGCCCUUGCUCGCUCUGCUAGACAACAAUCUAGUUCAGUGAGCAUGGACCAAGGAUCUCAGACUAUCCUGUCCUCUAAGCAGAUAGAUCAAAUUCUUAUGGAUCGUGUGUCAGCGCGCCCGCUAUCAGCACGCCCGCUAUCAGCACGCCCGCUAUCUGCCGACAGCCAGGUGACGGACAACUCACGAGAGAUUGCCGCAGUCACUACAACCACUGCAUCUCCUUAUGUGACCCCCAAGGCCCCGACGCGACCUCGCCUUUCACAAAUCCAGCCUGCGAAGUCGACGACGCCAAAUUCCCGUCGGCCUCCCAGUGCCGCCAGUCAGACAUCUGGUGCCAGUCAUCCCCCACUGCCUGUCGAUCACCGGGAAGUUAUCCUGGCAGCCGAGAAGAGGCCCACUGAUGUGGCUCCGCCAUCUCCUAACUCUGUGAUGGGGCCUCCUUUGGCACCUGCCUCCGCACACCGCAUGAACUCUCAGCGCCCACUUACGCCAAGCGAACAUGCUGCGCGGGCUAGCUCUUCAAGAACCGGUUCUUCCCAGGCCAGAAUGAGGAGAGGUAGUCAAAGCCAGAUGUCUCGACGAUCCUCAGUGUCGUCUUUUGCGUCAGAGCUCGAGGAGCGUUUCAAUAUGGCUCCUGACGCUAGCCCCAUGCCAGGCGGCUAUGGAGUUAACACGGAUCCGCGCAUGAUCCAGGCGAUUACUCAAACCAUGAUUGGUGAAUUCCUGUGGAAGUACACCCGCAAGACUGGCUCAUCUGAUAUGUCCACAACACGGCACCGACGAUACUUCUGGGUUCACCCGUACACCCGUACGCUGUACUGGAGUACGCAGGACCCGCAAACUGCCGGAAAGAGUGAGCUCCGCACCAAGAGUGUGCCUAUCGAAGCUGUUCGAGUAGUUGCCGAUGACAACCCGUAUCCUCCGGGCCUUCACUGCAGGAGCUUGGAGGUUGUCAGUCCUGGCCGACGAGUUCGUUUUACGGCUACGACAAGCCAGAGACACGAGACAUGGUUCAACGCGUUGUCUUAUCUUCUUUUGAGGGAGACCAAUGACAACUGCGAGGACAAUAACAGCGUCACCCUCGACGAUAUCAACGAGUUCAACCCCCCUAGCUUCCGGUCUAGUUCUCGUCAGACAGCACGAAUGUCGUUCUCAUCUUACAACAGCCGCACUGCUCGGCAAGCAUCCAAGCAACAGCGACGAGCGGCAUCGGCGAUGUCAUUGCGAUCUUCCGGCACUCUCGGUGGGCGUGCAUCACCGGCGCUCAGUUCACCUGUACCAAACUCGUCGUUGCAAGUCCCUGAUGAUCGCCAACGUUCGUCGUCAAGACUCAGCACCAUCUCCAGUUCGAUUCGGGGAUCCAUCGCAAGCUUGAAGGGACGGCAGGGUCAAUCUCCUAGUCUCCACAACGAAAGUCUUCGUGGCCAAGAAAGUGCCGAUGAUCUGAGACAUGUGGUCGAAACCCACGAUCAUGACCGGCUUGAAAACGUCCGUGCCUGUUGCGACGGAAAACAUGACGUUGGCUCUCUUUCUCGCACCAGUCGGUACAGUCCGAGGGUCAAUCGCAUCCACUCACCCCACCAUCACUGA